CUCCUUCGAGCCAGCCGUUAUCUGCAUUGAUUAUCCACUACAUACACACUCACCCUCCCCGUAUCACUACCCCAUACCCCAUCGCCAUCUCCCUCCCACCACCUGUCACCGCUAUCCCUCACUCCGUCACUACCGGCGAUGGCGUCGUCGCUCCCCUUAUCUACCCAACCUCGUGCCCCCAUGCCAGAUCUCCCUAUGCCACCCGCUGAUGCCCCGAUUGGGCGCCCGUGACGGAAAUGUGGGGCCAUCCGGCCGGAAGCGCAGACCCUACCGGACGAAGGCAUAGAAAACGAAGCUCUCCAUCGAUUACAUCCUUUCAGACGAGAUUCACUUCGACCUGGCGGAGUUCAUCUUCGCAGUGCUGGAACACCCUGAAUGGGGCCCAAAGGUGCUGAAAUACGGUUCUGGUGCCGAUAGAUUCGCCGUACGCGUCCUCAAGAGCCUCGAUGGUGCCCGCAGAAGGAGCGCCACCACCGAAGAAGCGGAGGCAGGGCAAGGGGGGCGCAACGCAGGAGGCCACUGGCGACGUGAAGAAAGGGAAGCCAGUGACGGGGGUUGCUGUGGAAGCAUUCCAAGACGCUGUCACAGACAGCAUGACAGAAGUGCUUAUACGGGAGCACGACAGAGGCGUCAGAGUCAGGGGUCUCUCACUCAAUGUCAAGUCUACGGCCUUCAACAGGGAUGACUCUCUCGAUACGACCGACCCAGCCAUCGCACUGGAGCAGCUUCCCAACAUCCACCAGAAGCUGUUCCCUCUGUCUCAGAGGCUUCUCACCAAGCUGCUAGAGGCUCCCACUCGUGGCGAGAAGACAAAGGGCACGGGCGAAGUAAAUUCGAGGCGAAAGGGCAAGAUCGAGCCAGUUGUUACCGCUUGUAUCAGCAUGCUCCUGAAUGCACGUCCCAUCGGCCAGAACAGGUUUCAGGUCUACUUCGGCCGGCAACUUCAUGGGUCUGGUGCCUCUCGGGCGAUGUUGAGGUUGCUGGAGAACCUCAGUAUUUCAGUGUCAUAUGACACGGUGCACCGUAUAAAGAGGGGGUUGAGCGGCAGGAUGGGUCCAGCAGAGCAGCCUGCGUCUUUGGCGGAUCUACAGCAAAACGACGGUAAGAUGUCCUAUAUCCAGCCAUUCGAUUGCUUAUGCUGAUUUGGGUGAUUCUUCUGCAUAUAGUCACCAUUUCUGGAACGGGCGAGCCACAGGGAGGAAGAAUAUCCGUUGUGGGAGAUGCCGCGCCAGGAGGCAGUCACAAUGACGGUAUCGGGGAAGGCGACGAAGUACACUCAGAGGACGAAGAUGAGUGGAGUGAGGAGGACAAUGAGCGCAUCCGCAAGGAGAUAGCGGAGGAGGACGGCACAGAGCUUGAGAGCCGAUAUUUAGUAGGGGACGAUAUGCGUGAGGAAAAAUGGAAAUGGCUCACUGGUGAAAGGCCCAACUAUGGCGACACCAUCGAGGAGGCUGAUUGAGCUGGAGGGGCCAAGGAUCUGUACAUACUUGUAGCUGAUGGGACAUAUGCAUAACUAACAGUG